AUGCUGCCAUACGAGUACUCCAAGCUUAACGCAGAUGCGCAAGAGAUUCGGCUUGUCACGUUGUUACCUGGUGAGUUCAGCGAAGACAUUCGAUUUGUGAUCUCCCAUACUCCGUUGAUUAUGCCGGACGAGCGUCCGUCGCAAAGAAUGUCUCUGGACGACUUGCACGAGACACUACCACCCGACUGGACAGCCUAUGAGACUCUUGAAGGACGUUUCAUCUUUUAUCAAGACGAAAGUGACGGUACCACGUGGACACAUCCCGACCCGAGCUUCAAUGACGCUCUCUACGAGCCUCGCCCGGAGCUUCCAUAUCCGGGCUUCCAACCUGUGUACGAGGCUUUAUCUUACACUUGGGGUUCGACCGAUAAUCGGGAAACGGCUUAUGUGGAGAGUUCUGCCAGUCUGUCCCCGUCGAGCGGCCCUAUAACUGCAACAAUCCAGAUCGGGCAGAACCUUGCUUCAGCAUUGCGACACCUGCGGUACCAGGCCGAGGCCCGAGUAUUGUGGAUCGAUGCUAUGUGCAUCAAUCAAGAGGAUAUUGCAGAACGUAAUGAGCAGGUUCAGCGCAUGGCAACCAUCUACAGGUUGGCCUAUCGAGUUGUGGUUUGGCUCGGACCCGAAACAGGCAACAGCAAACUCGCAAUUUCAACACUGCGAUACCUUGGAGCACAGAUGGUGGAUCGCUUCCCAGAUGGUAUAGACGAGACGCUGCAGGAGGCGAGAGAGUUCUUCCUUACGAAGAUAUCUGCCUCCAGAGGUCCCAUCGAUUUAAGUUCCAUCAAUGACCAGCACCAUUAUGACUGGGUCAGGAAACGGACCCUUGUAACGACGGAGGAGGGAUACAUUGGAUUAGGCCUAGCAGGGGCACAGCCAGGGGAUUGUGUAUGCGUUUUCCCAGGUUGCAACACUCCAAUGCUGCUGCGGUUGGGGUCCUCCGAACAGUACCAAGUCGUCGGUGAAUGCUACAUCCAUGGUCUUAUGGAUUCGGAGAGCCUUCUUGGUCGCUUGCCGAAUCCCUGGAGAGUACGACUUGGUUGGGAGUCUGGUGGCAUCUACCUUGGACGCUACUACAAUUCCUCCACCGGCGUUCUUACCGAAGAAGAUCCACGAUUGGAUUCCCUGCCUGUAGAAUGGGAACGGGUUCAAGCUGACAGAACACCCGACGAUCCGCUUGUGUUUGCACUGUUCAGAAACAAGGUUACGGGAGAAGUGAUGAAUUCAGAUCCACGACUGCUUCCAGAGGCUUUGAAGGAGCGCGGAGUAGAUCUGAAGACGUUCCAGCUUAUCUAG